CACCUAAACAGCAAAAAAAAUUAAUAAAAACGGAAAAAAAGAAAUAGCAUUUUCGCGUUGGCGUUGCAAAUAUACACGGCACACAACACACACAUAAACUUUGCGUUACGUACGUAUACAACGACGUAUUCCCGUGCCGUUGCGUGCGCUUGCCGAGUCGGUAAAUUUGAAAUUAGCGUGUGGCGUCUGGUGUUGGAGCCUGGAGCACACUGUGUACAACAACAUCUCCCAUACAAACAUAGAGAACCUUUCCCCCUCCGCCCGCACCCCUUCCAAAAUAUAUACGUACAUAUAAAUAAUCAAUACAACAGGAGGAGAAUAUAAGAAAAAAAAAAACUAAAGCGCCGUUUGGAACUGGCUUGAAACUCCCAUUAUUGCCAUUGAGUGGUUAGUGUUGGUGUGCAGUGUACGAAGAAAGAAGAAUUAAAAGAACGAAACGAACAAACGAAGGAACCGAAAGAACAACUAAAAAAGGAACAACGGAAAACAAAAGUAGUAGGUUCCAAAAAGAAGAAUAAAGAAGAGAAAAAAAAAGAAGUGUUUAAUCCAAAUCCUAAACCCCAAACGGCAUAAUUUUUAUUAAAUAAACGUAACGCAGAGAAGUCUGGCGAGUGUGUGACAGUUUUAUAAUUAUGGAACACUUUCAUCAAAUACAGCAAACACUUCAACAAUAUCAGCAGCAACUGGCUGCGCAGCAACAGCAACAAGCGGCUGCAGUGCAACAACAACAGUUGCAGCAACAUCAAGUGGUUGUCCAGCAAAAUCAACAGCAGGCACAUCAAAAUAGCAGUAAUACCACGGCCGGAGUUGGUGGCACUCAACAGCUGUUCACAUACAAAAUGGCUAGCAGUUUCCCCAACACAGCAGCCACAACAAUGGCCCAAGUGGUGGCCACAUCAAAUGCCGGCACCACAGGUUACGAUUAUCGCUUAAAUAUGGCACAAGCCGCAGCGGCAGCAGCGGUUCCCGGCUCACAAUGGUGGUACUCGGCUGCCAAUCAGGGUCAGGUGGAUGCUAACACAGCUGCACAAUUGCAGCAGCAACAACAGCAGCAGCAACAACAACAGCAGCAACAACAGCAGCAGCAACAGCAACAACAACAGAUACAGAUGCAACAACAACAACAGCAACAAAAUAUCAUCAAUUCGGCAGGCAGUCCAAUGAUACGGGGGGGCAAGGCCGAUGCAAAGCCCAGAGGACGAAUGACCGCGUAUGCAUACUUUGUACAAACUUGCAGAGAGGAGCACAAAAAGAAGCAUCCCGAUGAGACCGUGAUAUUUGCCGAAUUUUCACGAAAAUGCGCUGAGCGAUGGAAGACAAUGGUUGACAAGGAAAAGAAGCGCUUCCACGAAAUGGCAGAGAAAGACAAGCAACGGUAUGAGACGGAAAUGCAAAACUAUGUCCCACCCAAAGGUGCAGUUGUGGGACGCGGGAAGAAAAGAAAACAAAUGAAAGAUCCAAAUGCACCGAAACGUUCAUUGUCUGCGUUCUUCUGGUUCUGCAAUGAUGAAAGAAAUAAAGUGAAGGCUCUGAAUCCCGAAUACGGUGUUGGUGAUAUUGCCAAAGAACUUGGCCGUAAAUGGUCCGAUGUUGAUCCAGAAGUCAAGCAGAAAUACGAAUCCAUGGCAGAGAGAGAUAAGGCCCGAUAUGAGAGGGAAAUGACCGAAUAUAAGACAAGCGGGAAAAUAGCCAUGUCAGCACCGUCAAUGCAAGCGUCAAUACAGGCGCAGGCACAGGCGCAGGCCGUACAAAAAGCCGCGUUACUUGCAGCAGCUGCCCAGCAACAGCAUCAGCAGCUGGAUGAGCAGCACGACGAUGAUGAUGGAGACGGCGAUGAUGAUGAGAACCAAUAGGUUUAGCAGUAAAUAAUACUCUUCACUAUUUAUACACACUAUAAAUCCGUUGGUCAUCGCGAACAAGGAGACAUGAUAGCGUUGGUUGAUCUAUUAUCAGGUUGACUAAUGUGUGUUGAAUAUAUAUACAUACCUAUCAUUAAGUAUAUGUGUAUAUAUGUAUAUAUAUAUUCAUAUAUACAUAUAUAUAUAUAAUUUUUUUUUUUUUUUAAUAAUAAGUAAUCAAAUUUCCAUGAAUUAAUGAUGAAGAAAAAAAAAAAUCACAAAGAAACCUUUUAUAAGUUCUAUGUUAUAAGAUUAAAGUAUCUAAUUAAGUAUAUGGUUAGAUUAAAACCGACAUUAAUCUGUCUGCAAAAAUUUA